AUGGAUCCCAACUUUCCCUACAACAACAACAUCGACAACUCCUCUUCAUCCAACUUGAACUCCAACCUCAGCCAAGGCUACUUCUACGAUCACAACAGUAGCUUUCCUCAGUCUCAGUACCCGUUCAUGUCCGCACCUCAACAUCCUCCACAACCUCAAGUGCAUCCCCAGGCACCGUCUUAUUACCAACCAUCUUAUCCCCAAUCUCUUCCGCAGAACUAUCCCCAGUACCAUCAUCACCAACAAUAUAACCAGUCCUACCAGCCUCCAUUCCAGCAGUUUCAACAGCCGCUCAAUCAACCACCUGCUCAGCUUCAGCCACAGCAACUGGCUCAACCUGAGCCUGCCCCCUUUGAAAUCGUCAUUCCUCGCCCUUCCAUUCAUUCGUCCUCUGCGCAGCCACUGCCCGACCAACGGUCUCCCGAAGCCAGCCAUCAGCCCCAAUCUCAAGUCCGGAAGCCGUAUCCUUCCCACCAGAAUACUCCAAACCACUACCAACAAUCUCAACAUGUACCACAGCCACCUCAACAGAAUCUAAGUCAACGCUCCCAACCGUCUGUGGUCUCUGACCUACAAAGCUCCUCCAGUGCUCCCCCCUCCCAAUCGAAGAAAAAGGAGAGACAGGUAGCAUCCGCGAGUGCCUCAAAUACUCCAAAUAUGACCCGACAGAGCCAGUCUCGUGUCCUGCAAGCCGUUGAGAUCAAUGCAACACUGAAACAGCCGGUCACUAAAACACCAGAUCAUCGCGAUUCUGCAGCUUUACCCGAUGAGCCAGAACCAGAUUACCCUUCUCUCCUGUGCGUUCUUGCCGACGAUUACCACGAAGCGGCCCGUAAGCUGCCUGCUUUGACUGAAGAAUAUUACACUCUCAUCUCAACCGCGCUCGGCUGUCUCGAAUCAGCCCUGGCCAAUUUCAAACUACCUCCUUUGAGAGAAGCACAUGUCUCUCUCCGCUAUGCGCAGAUCUUGUAUGCGGAGACCGAGAACUAUGAUGAGGCAGAGACGACCUUGACAAAAGCUAUAGAACUGUGCGAGCGACACAAGUUUGUCGAUUUGAAGUAUGAGAUGCAGCUCCUCUUAUCCAGGGUACUUUACGAAUCAAAACCCAAAGCCGCCUUGCGAGAUAUCCAGAGAAUGAUCGAGGACAUCGAAGCCUAUCGUCAUACGGUUUGGAUUUAUGUUUUUCGCUUCCAGCAUGCAAUGUUUUCACUGGCUUCCAGCGCCCCGGGCGAAGUCCACGGCGCGGUCGUCCAGUUGGAGAAGAUCACGACCUUGGCUCGUCAAAAUUCCGACAGUGCAAUCCUUGCAUUUGCCGCUACGCUUGAAUCUUUGCUCCAUCUGUCUACCCAAAGCCACGAUGCCGUCACAGCUAGUCAAACGGCGCUGGCCAAGGCUCGAGCUCUGCAGUUGAGUCCAGAUGUUGAAGGCAACCCGCAACUGACCAUCCUCAUGGAGUUUAUCGACCUUGCCUGCAGCGUUCGAGAAGCCGACAUUAGCCAGACCGAGACCAAGCGCAAGAUCAUGCAAGAGGUUCUGUUCCAGGCGGUGGGCCAUCCGAAUUGGAGAGAUGAUGGCCUGAUCUAUAUUCCGGUUGCAACGAAGGCAGUAGCUGGUAUGCAACUCCAUGGGAACGGAUAUGUCAUCGAAAGAAAUGGAAAGUACCACAUCCCUUUUUCGUGGCUGGGAAAAGAGGAAGCAGAGGCUUUGGGGUUCUUGUUCUCAGCAGAAAGUUCAGCUUACAAGAAUGGGGCUGACGGGGGCAAAGCCGAGAAAUUUGUGGACAGUGGUCUUUCUGUUCUUCGAGCUCUGGGCAUGCCCUCCCUCAAGGCAGGGUACCGAGAGUCCAAAAGACAGUUCAACUCCCAACGGCUCGCGGAAGCUGAAUUCUUGUUGCUUCUCGUUUUCCUGCAAUGCUCCAAAGGGCUUUGGCAGGCAGCAAACGAAUCGUUAGACAAGCUUCAUGCAAUUUCACAGGACAUGGGCGACGAUUUUCCGGUCAACCUGAAAUACUGCCUACUGUACCUCCGGGGAGUAAUACUACAAGGGACUGGAGAUCUGACAGCCGCGCUUCGGGUCUAUCAGUCACCGCUUUUCAACAUUGGUACACAACACAAUUCACCUUCAACUGGACCCGGUACGUCGAGACAGAUAUCGAACUCUUAUCACGCAGAGUCUGACAUUACCCGUAACUUCUCCAUACUCGCGGCGAUGAACUCGGCCAUGAUCAUCCGCAAUCCAGCCCAUCCGCAACACAACCGUUUGUCGUCUCUAAUCAAGACUUUGAAUUCAGCCGUUCAGAACUGUACAAAUCGAUACAUCAAAGCGCAUUUCGCGCUCCUAGAGUCUAUUCUGUCCACAAACACGCUCGCAGAGAAGCAAUAUCUGAAACGCUCGAUGGACGAAGGCAGAGCAAUCGGAAGCGCGCAGACCACAGCUUUGGCACUCAUCUACAUGCAGGACCAGCUGUACAAGGGCAUGGUCGACGAGCAAGCCUUGAAAUGUGCCAAAGCUUCCAGUUUUCAGACCAAGAGAUGGGGGCAGCCAAUGUGGAUGCACGUUGCGGCGGGCUUGGAGGCUCAGGCGCUGGAUAUUCAUGGCUUCCCCAAAGAGGCACAAAAGAAGAAGGAUGAAGCAGAGGCGGGCUGGCAGAGGCUGCCCAAAGGCAUCAAGGGUAUUCAGGAUGAUGGUUUAGGCAUGAGCGACCAACAGUGA